GCGGGGCGGGGGCGCCUUAGCGGCUGCGCGCUACCCGCCCAGUCUUUUCGGUCCCGGCGGCGGCAUCGCAGACCAGCGUUGCCCAGCCUCCGGCUCUCCGCGCCUCACCUCCUUUCUCUUCCCGCUGCGUUGCCCGCCUCGCUACCAUGACGGAACAGGCCAUCUCAUUUGCCAAGGACUUCCUGGCCGGAGGCAUUGCCGCCGCCAUCUCCAAGACUGCCGUGGCCCCGAUCGAGCGGGUCAAGCUGCUGCUACAGGUACAGCACGCCAGCAAGCAGAUCGCGGCCGACAAACAGUACAAGGGCAUCGUGGACUGCAUCGUGCGCAUCCCCAAGGAGCAGGGUGUGCUGUCUUUCUGGAGGGGCAACCUGGCCAAUGUCAUCCGCUACUUCCCCACGCAAGCCCUCAACUUCGCCUUUAAGGAUAAGUAUAAGCAGAUCUUCCUGGGGGGCGUGGACAAGCACACGCAGUUCUGGAAGUACUUCGCUGGCAACUUGGCCUCCGGCGGGGCGGCCGGAGCCACCUCCCUCUGCUUCGUCUACCCCCUGGAUUUCGCCAGAACCCGGCUGGCGGCUGACGUCGGCAAAUCCGGCACGGAGCGGGAGUUCAAAGGCCUGGGAGACUGUCUGGUGAAGAUCACCAAGUCUGACGGCAUCCGGGGGCUGUACCAGGGCUUCAACGUGUCUGUGCAGGGCAUCAUCAUCUACCGGGCCGCGUACUUCGGUGUGUAUGACACCGCCAAAGGCAUGCUCCCCGACCCUAAGAACACACACAUCGUGGUGAGCUGGAUGAUCGCGCAGACGGUGACGGCCGUGGCAGGCGUGGUCUCCUACCCCUUCGACACCGUACGGCGGAGGAUGAUGAUGCAGUCGGGGCGCAAAGGAGCCGAUAUCAUGUACAGGGGCACCUUGGACUGCUGGCGAAAGAUCUUCAAGGACGAGGGCGGCAGAGCCUUUUUUAAGGGCGCCUGGUCCAACGUGCUCCGCGGCAUGGGCGGCGCCUUCGUGCUGGUCCUGUAUGAUGAGCUGAAGAAGGUCAUCUAGGCGCCCUGCCCGCCCGCCACAGCGACCAACACCUCUACGUAGAGGAAUACCUGUUACGGACCAUCGACCUUCGAGAAAUUCCAGUGUCCUCGCGGAGGGCUGGGGCGGCCCCCGCAGAGGGCUUCUUGUGAUCGUCGGCCCUGGGUCCAUGUAUUGAUUACGGGGGGAGGGGAAUCGUGACGUCUUCGUGGGUCCACAGGUGGUGAGGCACCUCUACUCGCCAGACCUAGACUCCAGGUGCUUGUAGGACCGACUCGUGUUUAAGUAUUUAUUUAAGAAAAUCGUGUCUCCAUUUGUACUUAAGCACUAUUCUCUUUUGCACAGCCGAAUAUUUGCAAUUAUGUUCUAUGUUGGGCAUUCUGCUGCGAAACAAUAAAAUUAGGACACA